AUGGAGCAGCACACCUUCCGCCGCCGUGGCCUCGGGCUGCGUGGAGUCGACGAGGACCGCGUCUCCCCAGGCUACGUCCUCUAUGCACCUCUCACCUCGCGCACCGCACACUUGAUCUCAACAACAGGAGAAGAAGUCCACAAAUGGACCCUCCCACAGCGUGCCGGUCGCCACGCCCGGAUCCUCCCUAAUGGCAACCUCGCCUACAACGCGGUCCACCCAGACUCCCCCAACCUCUUCCCCAUGUGGAAGAAGUACUGCGGCGGAGUCAUGCUGGAGGUUAACCCCAAGGGCGAGGUCAUCCGCAAAUACACCGAUCCUCACGCCCACCACGACCAGAACCAUCUCGACGACGGAACACUGUUAUACACCACCCUCGAACCGCUCACUGCCGACGAAGCAGCUCGCGUCCGCGGCGGCAUCCCAGGCAGCGAAGCACCCAAUGGAACCAUGUACGCCGACUGCAUCAAGCUAGUCAACCCGUGGUCCGUAACCAACGACUCCUCCUCGUCCGACUUCAACACAGCAGGCACGGGGACAGACAAAACAACCGGCGGCGCAAAACUCCUCUGGUCCUGGCGCGCAAUCGACCACCUCGAUCUCUCCAAAUUCGCGCAGCACCCAGACUAUCCACGCGAGCACUGGCCGCUCAUCAACAGCGUCUCGCUCGACGCCAACGGCGACAUUAUCGCGUCGUCCCGAAACACCUCCUCCGUGUUCGUGAUCAGCCGCGCCACAGGGGACGUGAUCUGGCAUCUCACCGCUCCAAUUGUGAACCAGCAACACUGCGCGCACGAGAUUAGCGCUGAGACAGGGGAUUUGCUUAUCCUAGACAACGGGGUCUUUAGACCUGGCCUUGCGGUUCCAUUCUCGAGAGCGAUUAUUGUCUCUAGAAAGACGAAGCAGAUAAUUUGGGAGUAUAAAGACCGUACCACAGGCGGUCUCGGCUUCUUCACGCCGUUCAUGGGGUCUGCGCAGAAAUUGGCUGGUGGGAAUGUCCUUGUUGCUGAGGCUGCGACGGGGAGGAUCUUUGAAGUUAGUGCGGAUGGGAAGGACGUGGUGUGGGAGUUUGUGGUGCCGGAGGUGAAUGACUAUAAGGGCGUCAUGGGGGAGGAGGAUCUGAAGGAGAUGGAGAAGAUUGGCUUUUCGUAUCAGAGCAAUGCGGUCUUUCGGGCGUAUAAAUAUGCGCCCGAGGAGGUGGGAUGGUUAACUUCGACUUGA